GCGACCAACGUAAGAAGCUCUUGUCGUCGUCUCCGUCUCACCUCACCAGAUCUUAGAAUCUCACCAAUCCCCCACUUCCGUCCAGUCUUCCUCCGAUCUCCGCGAGGGGAUAGUCCAAAACCCUAACCCCUAGCGGCCUAGCCUCUUGACUGAGCCCGAGGAGGAGGAGAAAGAGGCGGGGAUGGCCUUCAUGGCGGCGCUGGAGGCCGAUCUGCGCGCGCUCUCCGCCGAGGCGCGCCGCCGCCACCCCGCCGUCAAGGACGCCGCCGAGCACGCAACGCUCAAGCUCCGCUCUUUAUCAAAUCCAAGCGAAAUAGCUCAAAAUGGGGAUAUAUUACGGAUGUUUCUGAUGGCAUGCAGUGUCAAAUCAGUGAAGCUGAGUGCGAUAGGACUAUCCUGUUUGCAAAAGCUUAUAUCACAUGAUGCUGUAGCAUCAUCUGCAUUGAAGGAGAUAUUAGCUACGUUGAGGGAUCACGCAGAGAUGACAGAUGAGAGUCUUCAACUGAAGACUUUGCAGACAAUGUUGAUUGUCUUUCAGUCACAUUUACGUCCUGAAAGUGAGGAGGACAUGUCUCAAGCCCUUGGAAUAUGCCUUCACCUACUUGAAAGCAUUCGAUCUUCUGACAGUGUCCGCAAUACGGCAGCUGCUACAUUUAGACAAGCAGUGGCAUUGGUGUUUGAUAAUGUUGUCCUUGCCGAAUCACUUCCCACUGGUAAAGCCUCCCCAGCAAGGCUCAGUUCGCGUGCUAGCUCUGUUGCCAAUAAUGUUACUCGUAGUUUCGGCCAGACAACACUGUCACUAGCGUGUAACUAUGGUGAACUUACCAUGAGGGAAAAUCUUACAGAUAUUGGAAAGCUUGGUCUCCGACUACUCGAAGACCUGACAGCUCUUGCCGCAGGUGGAUCUGCUAGGUGGUUGCAUGCUCAAUCACUGCACAGGACAUUUGCCCUUGACAUACUUGAGUUUGUGUUAUCCACAUAUGUUGCUGUAUUCCGGGCAUUAUUAUCUUACCAGCAGGUCUUGCGACAUCAAAUAUGCUCACUUCUUAUGACUUCACUCCGCACAAAUGUGGAGCUUGAAGGUGAAGCAGGAGAACCUGCUUUCCGCCGUUUAGUCCUACGUUUGGUCGCUCAUGUCAUCAGACUCUACAGCUCUUCACUUGUCACUGAAAGUGAGGUAUUCCUUAACAUGCUCGUGAAAGUUACUCGUCUGGAUUUACCUUUAUGGCAUCAGAUACUUGUUCUUGAAAUUUUGAGAGGGUUUUGUGUAGAAGCUCGCACUCUGCGUUUGCUAUUUCAGACAUUUGACAUGAAUCCUACAAAUACUAAUGUUGUGGAGAACAUGGUUAAAGCACUUGCUUUGGUGGUAGCUACUAUUCAGGUGGUAUUGGCUUCAGAUUCAAGUGAAGAGACUCUUGCAGCUGUUGCUGGAAUGUUCAGUAGUAAAGCUAAAGGGAUUGAGUGGAGCAUGGAUACUGAUGCAUCAAAUGCUGCUGUUUUGGUUGCUAGCGAAGCGCAUACCAUCACUCUUGCCCUUGAAGGUCUCUUGGGUGUAGUUUUUACUAUUGCUACUUUGACUGAUGAGGCUCUAGAUGCUGGUGAGCUUGAAUCACCAAGAUGUGAAUUGGAUCAUAUGGAAUGUAGUGGACAAUCGGCUCUUCUUUGUGUCGCCAUGGUCAAUUCAACAUGGUUAACCAUCCUUGACUCCCUUUCACUUAUUUUGAUGAGGUCACAGGGAGAAGCUAUAAUAUUAGAAAUUCUGAAAGGAUACCAGGCAUUCACUCAGACUUGUGGAGUUCUCCGAGCUAUAGAGCCCUUAAACUCUUUUCUAGCAUCACUUUGCAAGUUUACAAUCAACAAUCCAAAUGAAGGGGAGAAGAGAAGCAUCUUGCUCUCUCCUGGAUCGAAGAAGGCAGAAAUCUUAAUGGAUCAGCGUGAUAGUAUUAUUCUGACACCAAAAAAUGUGCAGGCAUUGAGGACACUUUUUAAUGUGGCACAUCGCUUACACAAUGUGCUGGGUCCGUCCUGGGUUUUGGUCUUGGAGACUCUUGCAGCACUUGAUAGAACUAUUCAUUCUCCGCAUGCCUCAACCCAGGAAGUAUCGGCUUCUGUUUCAAGACUCUCAAGAGAUACAUCUGGACAGUACAGCGACUUCCAUAUACUCUCUUCUUUAAAUUCUCAGUUGUUUGAAAGUUCAGCCUUGAUGAACAUAGCUGCAGUGAAGUCACUUUUGUCUGCAUUGCAUCAAUUGUCAAUUCAACACAUAUCAGGAAAUUCUCAGCUAUCAGGCCAGCAGAUUGGGAGUAUUGCAUUUUCAGUGGAGCGCAUGACAUCAAUACUUGUCAAUAAUCUGCAUCGAGUUGAGCCAAUUUGGGAUCAAAUUGCUGCACAUCAUCUUGAGCUUGCCAAUUGCUCCAACCUACAAUUACGUAAUAUGGCGCUGGAUUCAUUAGAUCAUUCAAUUUGCUCUGUAGUGGGUUCUGAAAAAUUUGAGGGAAUCAGUUCAGCACCUCAUCAGUUGAAAGAUUACCAAUUGGUUCAAGAAAGCGCAACAGGAUCAUUUGAGUAUGCAGUUUUAUCUCCACUGGUUGUCCUAUAUUCGUCCAACAAGAAUAUUGAUGUUCAGAUGGGUGCACUGAAAAUUCUUUUGCAUGUUCUUGAGAGACACGGAGAAAAGCUGUCCUAUAGCUGGCCUGGCAUUCUUCAUAUGUUGAGGGCUGUUACUGAUGCAUCUGAAAAAGAUAUCAUCUCCUUGGGAUUUCAGAGCAUACGUGUAAUAAUGAAUGAGGGACUGGCAACCAUUCCAGUACAAUGUCUUGAUGAGUGCAUUUUGGUAACUGGAGCAUAUGGUGCCCAGAAAACCGACAUAAACAUAAGUUUGACAGCGGUUGGUCUUUUGUGGACUGCUACCGAUUUUGUUGUGAAGGGAUUAAUUGGCAAGUCUGUUGAGAAAGCUAAUCACAUGAAUGAAGAGGUUCAGUCUGGUGCAUCAGGAGAAGGAGAUAUACCAUCCAGUGAGAGACACAUCAAGCAGAAUCCCUUGAAACAAGUUGAUUAUAAUAAGCUUUUCUUUUCAGUUUUUUCUGUCCUUCAAAAACUGGGUGCGGAUGAUCGUCCUGAGGUUCGGAACUCGGCAGUUCGGACUCUCUUUCAGACUCUCUGCACCCAUGGGCAAAAGCUUUCUAAAAGUAUGUGGGAGGAUUGCCUUUGGAUAUAUGUUUUCCCCAUGUUAGAACGUGUUACCCACUUGGCAUCUACCUCAUCUAGAGAUGAGUGGCAAGGGAAGGAACUAGGAACUCGUGCAGGGAAAGCUGUUCAUAUGCUUAUCCAUCACAGUCGAAAUACAGCGCAAAAACAAUGGGACGAAACUAUUGUUCUUCUAUUAGGUGGCAUAGCACGACUUUUACGUUCAUUUUUCCCUCUCCUCCAGCAAUUGAGCAAAUUUUCUUCUGGCUGGGCACUUUUGCUUGCUUUUGUAAAAAAUAGCAUCCUAAAUGGUAGCAAGGAGGUUGCUCUUGCAGCUAUCAAUUGUUUGCAGACGUUUGUUGGUUCAAACUGCCCGAAGGGCAAUCUAGAAUCCUCCUAUGUUAAAUCUGUUCUUGAUAUUUAUGAACUUGUUCUUCAAACUUCACCAAACUAUAAGAGUGACUCAGCUGAUAAAGUGAAGCAAGAGGUCCUCCGUGGUCUGGGAGAUCUCUAUGUUCAAGCACAAUCUUUAUUUGAUGAUGCCAUGUACCUGAGGCUCAUGGCUGUUAUGCAUCUAAUGAUUAAAAGUUCCAUGAAUUCUACAGAUUCUGAUAGUGAACUGGGUAGUAUCCCUGCUGUACAGCGUGGUAUCUUGGAAAUUAUUCCUAUGCUACGCCCGACAACUAUCUUAUCUUCAAUGUGGCCACCUCUCCUCCUCGAACUGCUAUGCUAUUUCAACGGACACGAAAGCCCCCUGCACAGGAACAGUAAAGAAAUACGUGGACAAAAUUCUGACACGCUGGUAAAUGGCACAAAGAAUGCUUCUGUUGAACGAGGCCACAUCAGUGGCAGUGGCACAAAAGGAGAUAAUAUGGUGGGUUGUGGUUGGGGUAUCCUGUUUAUAGAAAAGCUUGUGCCGAUCAUGGUCAACCUUUUCUUGGAGGCUCCACCAAAUGAAAGGUGUAGCGCAUCUCCUGAAAUUAUUCAAGCUCUUGGAAGGUGCAUGAACACAAGGAGAGACAAUCCCAGGGGCACUCUUUGGAGAAUUUCUGCUGAAUGCUUCAAUCGUGUUGUGACAGAUGAGGUGAAGCAGGAAAUGGAUGAAUGUAAAAGUGACAUGAAUUCAUAUAGACUUUCUAGAGCUCGGUUCUGGAAGGAGGUUGCGGAUUUGUACGAAACAUUCCUUGUUGGAUCUUGUGGCCGUGUGUUGUCAUCAGAUGUUCCUUCAGCUGACUCUGUUACAGCAGAUGAGAGCCUCGAGAUGACUGUCCUCACUGUUUGUGGAGACAGUGUUCUGAAACUGCAGAAGGAUGCUCCUGUUGAGAUAUUGCAAAGGCUUGUGAACUGUCUUGAUCGUUGUGCAUCACGGACAGGAUCCCUUCCUAUUCAAACUAUUGGUCUUCUACCAUUGCACUGCAGCAGAUUUUCACUGGGCUGUUUGCAGAUGUUGUUUUCUUUAUGCAGUUGUCCAUUGAAGACAAGCUUGUGCUCUCCAGUUUCAGAAACCAGCAAAGUUUCUAUUUCCAUUCUUACAAAGCGAUGUGAGGUUAUACUGGGACAGUUUUUAGCUGACGAAAAUGACCUAGGAGAACGUGCAUUACCUAGUGUGAGGAUUGAAGAAACGAUUUGUGUUCUUCAAGAGCUUGCUAGACUAAUAAUAAACAUUGAAACAGCCAAUUCUCUAAGCAUACCACUAUACCUGAAAGAAGCGUUGGGAGGAAACAAGUCCCAUGGGCGGGCUCAUUUACUGUCAUUGCUGCCCACUUUCUCUGAGCUUGUCGUCUCACGAGAAGCCAGGGUUCGGGAGCUUGUGCAAGUUCUUCUCAGACUCAUAUCCUCGGAGCUAGGACUGCAACGCCUGACAUAAAGAUGAAUGACGAACUCCAUUUUAUGUUCCUUCUUUUUUCAAUCGUCCUCCUGUUAUUUUACAUUCUUGAUUCUGUAUAGCCAUCAUAACAGGCAAUAGGCGGGUUGAGGAAUCACAUCUAUAAUGAUUAGGGUUGUACAUGUACCAGUUUUCUGGGAAAAUUGGUGUUUGUUUCUGUUGACGUUAGGUGUAUAGCCCAAUUGUUUUUAUGUUUGACGUAGCAGUAAUGAACACCUCCUGUAAGUUGUGAAAAUAACUUGUAUUUUGUACUGUGGGUUAAGGCUGUGAUUGUCUUGAAAAUCUGUAUGUGAAUGAAGUAUGCAGAGGCGAAA